AUGGGAAAUCUUACAACUAAUAUUAAUAAAGCUUGUAAUCAAAGUGAACAAUUUACAACGGAUGAUCUUGAAUAUCAAUACAUACGUUGGUUAAAAAGUAUUGAAGAUUCAGCAAACACCUUAAAGCCUGCUGAAUUAGAUGAAAAUCCUACUAAUAUAUUUACUCAAAAUAAUUACAUGUACAUAGAAUCAUCAACAAAUGAUGAAAAUGACAUUUCUAAACAUCAGACCAAAUCACAAUGUUCAACAGAACACAGUUUUAAUCCUAUCUCCUUACCUAAUGUAAACAAUACAUCAUCAUUAAAAACAUUUACACAAGUAGAUAAUAAUAAUAACAGUUCAUCGGAGACUAAACGAAAUUUAUUAUUGGAACAUUUAAUGAUUCAGAGACAGAGACUGGCUACCGCGGACGCUUCAGUUGCAUUGCUUGCGAAGAGAUUAAUGCUGCUCAAUACAAGUCCUAAAGUUCAACAGAACAACACAGAAGAGAAAGCAAUAUAUAGGCGAAAAGUUUCCUACCCUGGUAAUCCUUUAGAGCAGAAUAUAUCAACAUUUGACCAACUGACAGACAAUCAACAAGCUCUAACCUACUCAAUGACUCCAAAUGUUCUUCGGAACUCUAAAAUGAUCGGUGGCACUGUCAAUUCAACAAUUCAUAGUGAAUAUUCCACUGAUAGUAUAUUUCAGUCUCAAUUACCCAAUAGUUCCGUAGAUGAUAUCCUAACCCAUGGACAUUCACCAAAACCCAAAUUUACAGGUUGGCAAAAAUCUAGUACAAUCGAACGAAUAAAUAGUUCAAGUGCUCAAUAUCUUUUAGAUUCUCCACGACUUAGCAAUAGCAAUAAUAAUACUACUACCAAUAAAUCAACUAAUAUUACACAAAAAUUUAAGGAAAUAUCAACGAAUAAUAUGAAUAAUAAUAUUAGCAAAAAUGAAUUGAAUAAUUUACAUCAAGAUGGAGAUUUAUCGGUUCCUAAUGUUGAACGAAGGAGAUUACCAACACCCAUUCGCGGAGAUUUAUCAGUAUGGAAUGUGAAAAAGUACUUACAUAAAAAUCCUCAGUUUACAAAAUUUGCUUCAGAAAAUGGUUAUAUCGAAUUAGCUAACGCCAGUUCUUCUCCAACUAAUGAUGAAGAUUAUACAAAUCGAUUGUUGUAUGGAAUAUCAAAAACUCAGCUACCUAGCCGACGAUAUUUUAAUACUAAUUCAUCGAAUAAUUCUAUGACAGGAUUUUUAACUCCUAUUAACUGUUCAUUUUUAUCGACAACAACACAACAAUCAUCACCCACAACAAUAACAACACAACCAUUAUUAUAUAAUGACAAACAUUUGACCGAAAAGUCACUAUUGCAUCACAGACCAGCACCACCAACACAACAAAACCAACUAAAACCAGUACCCCCACUUCCACCAAAACCAAAUCAAAUCAAUAUGCAAACAUCUAUUGAAGCAACACAAGAAAAUCUCAGCGCUGAAGAUGAAGAAGUCUACAAAUUUAUGUCACGUUCGCUUGAUGCUAAUGAAGAAAUGAAUUUAGAUUUUCAACCUUUAAAUCGAAAUCUGACCGAUUCCAAACAAAGACCUUUACCACCGCCAUAUUAUGUGAAUAUAAAUGACACAAAUAAUGAAAAAUUAUUAAACCAAAGAAAAUUAUUUCCACAUAAGAUAUCAAGAACAAUGAAUAAUAAAACUAGUCAAUUAUUAAAACAAACUACAACAUUGAAUCAUGAAUCGCAUAUACUCACUGGAUCAUUAACGUCUUUAAAUGAUACAACUAAAGAAGGGGAAGAAGAAAGAGAAGAGGAAAGUAACAAUCGAUUAUUGAAUCCAUCAACAAAAAGUAGAAAAUCAUUAAAUUCAAUUGAGAAAAUGAAAAAUCAACUAGAAGUAAAUCAAGCGCAUAAAAUUAAACGAUAUAUCAAACAAAAGUCAGACUACUCAUUUAAUUUAAGAGAGUACUUACAAAAUCGUCAUCAUCCAAUUAAUGAGUUAGCCAUAGAAACAUCUGAUGCAACUGUAUUGCCUGAACAACAUGGGGGAAUAUGUCUUACAAGUUUACUUGGUAAUUGGCUUACAUCAAGAACUACUCGAGCACAAAAAACACCAACAGUUGAUGAAUCAUUAGAUUAUUUCCAAUGUAAGAUUAUUCUAACCAGUAGAAUAUGUGGUGGUUAUCUAUGGAUUAUGAAAAAGCCAAAUCGUCAACGAAAUAAUAACAAUAAUAAUAUAUGGGAUUCAAUAAUGCGUCGAGUACAUGAUACAUCAUCUAAUCAACUAACUAAUACAGAUAAUGAAAAGCAUAAUAAACGAAUCAUAAUACGUAGUUCAAACAAUGCAAGAUGGUGUCGUAAAUGGUUGUCAUGUGAUAUGUUAGAACAAAAGAUAUUCAUAUGUGAAAGAAAAGGAUGUGGACGAAUUGAAUGUACGAUAAACUUUACAACAAUUAAAGAUAUACAUCAAAGUAGUACAGAUCAAUUAUUAGAUUGUCAAAAGUCUUGUUCCUUAUCGCCUAGAAUAUCUCAGAAAACUUCUUCAACAUUAGUAAAUACAAAUACUACUACCAAUAAUAAUAAUCGUCAGGUUAAAAGUUCUACUCAACAAGAUAAACAUACUACUAUUUUGGAUACCGAUGAAGAACAAAAACAAAAUUCAUUGAUAAUAACAAAAUCAACUAUAAAUAAUACUAUGACAAAAAAAACAAACUGUACAGAGAAAACAGAAACAUUAUUUUGUUUAGAGACAACACUACAUACAUAUUUUUUAAUGGCUCCAUCCUCUGAAUUAACCAGAUUAUGGAUUGAUGUUUUAAAACAAGCAAUGAGAAUGGUUUCCAAUUCUACUUUCAUAAAUAAUAGUUAA